CCCAUUGGCUGGCGCCCGGCGGCUGGCGGGAAACCUCCCGGGUUUGGCGCCAAGAGGGGAGCGCGGCGGCUGUGCUGCGCUUUGGGGCCGGGCCGGGUCCUAGCCGGUGCCCCCCGCUUUUUACCGAUUUCUCCCCAUUUUUUACCGGUUCCCCCGGCUUCUUCUUCCCCUUGCAACACCGGAGGCGGGGGCUCCGGCGCCCGUCCGGCCUUCCCCAGCAGCAGCAGCAGCAUGGCGGCGCCGGCGGGAGGGCUGGAGGACGCGGAGCUGCGGGAGGCGCAGCGCGAUUACCUCGAUUUUUUGGACGAUGAGGAAGAUCAAGGGGUUUACCACGGCAAGGUGCGCGACAUGAUCAGCGACAACCAGUACCGCCUCCUGGUCAGCAUCAACGACCUGCGGCGGAAGAACGAGAAGAGAGCCAGCCGGCUUUUGAACAACGCCUUUGAGGAGCUCGUCGCCUUCCAGCGUGCUCUGAAGGAUUUCGUGGCCUCCGUCGACGCCACCUAUGCCAAGCAGUACGAGGACUUCUACAUCGGGCUGGAGGGCAGCUUCGGCUCCAAGCACGUCUCGCCGCGGACGCUGACCGCCUGCUUCCUGAGCUGCAUUGUCUGCGUGGAGGGCAUCGUGACGAAAUGCUCUCUGGUCCGUCCCAAGGUCGUCCGCAGCGUCCACUAUUGCCCCGCGACCAAGAAGACCAUCGAGCGCCGGUACACGGACCUGACGUCCCUGGAUGCUUUCCCGUCCAGCUCUGUCUACCCUACAAAGGAUGAAGAGAACAACCCCCUGGAGACGGAGUUUGGCCUCUCGGUCUACAAGGACCACCAGACCAUCACCAUCCAGGAGAUGCCUGAGAAGGCACCAGCCGGGCAGCUGCCGCGCUCGGUGGACGUCAUUCUGGACGACGACCUGGUGGACAAGGUGAAGCCUGGGGACCGCAUCCAGGUGGUCGGCACGUACCGCUGCCUGCCGGGAAAGAAAGGUGGUUACACCUCGGGGACGUUCAGGACUAUCCUCAUUGCCUGCCACGUGAAGCAGAUGAGCAAAGACGCUCGGCCUCUCUACUCCGCUACUGAUGUGGCCAAGAUCAAGAGGUUCAGCAAGAAUCGAUCCAAGGAUAUCUUUGACCAGCUGGCGAGGUCCCUGGCGCCCAGCAUCCAUGGGCACGAGUUCAUCAAGAAAGCCAUCCUCUGCAUGCUGCUGGGAGGGGUGGAGAAAAUCCUGGAGAACGGGAGCCGCAUCCGAGGAGACAUCAACAUCUUGCUGAUAGGAGACCCUUCUGUCGCCAAGUCUCAGCUGCUGCGCUACGUGCUGAGCACCGCGCCCCGCGCCAUUGCCACCACCGGCAGGGGCUCCUCCGGCGUUGGCCUGACUGCUGCCAUCACCACCGACCAAGAAACCGGUGAGCGGCGCCUGGAAGCGGGGGCCAUGGUGCUGGCAGACCGGGGCGUGGUGUGCAUCGACGAGUUCGACAAGAUGUCCGACAUCGACCGCACGGCCAUACACGAGGUGAUGGAGCAGGGCCGCGUCACCAUCGCCAAGGCCGGCAUGCACGCUCGCCUCAACUCCCGCUGCAGCGUCCUGGCGGCGGCCAACCCCGUCUACGGCCGGUACGACCAGUACAAGACGCCCAUGGAGAACAUCGGCCUGCAGGACUCCUUGCUCUCCCGCUUCGACCUGCUCUUCAUCAUGCUGGACCAGAUGGACCCCGAGCAGGACAGGGAGAUCUCGGACCACGUCCUGCGGAUGCACCGCUACCGCAACCCCAACGAGCAGGACGGGGACGCCAUGCCCCUGGGCAGCGCCGUGGAGAUCCUGGCUACGGAUGACCCCGACUUCGCGCAGGAGGAGGAACAGGAGCUCCAAGUGUACGAGAAGCACGAUGACCUCCUGCAUGGCCCCAAUCGCCGCAAGGAGAAGAUCGUCAGCAUGGAGUUCAUGAGGAAGUACAUCCACGUCGCCAAGAUGAUUAAGCCCGUCUUGACCCAGGAGUCGGCGAACUACAUAGCGGAGGAGUACUCCCGCCUGCGCAGCCAGAACCAGAUGGGCUCGGACAUCGCCAGGACCUCCCCGGUCACGGCCCGUACCUUGGAGACCCUGAUCCGCCUCUCCACGGCCCACGCCAAGGCCAGGAUGAACAAGACGGUCGAUCUGCAGGACGCAGAGGCGGCUCUGGAGCUGGUGCAGUUCGCCUACUUCAAAAAGGUGCUGGAGAAAGAGAAGAAGCGCAAAAAACAGGUGGAGGAUGACUCGGAGACUGAGAAGGAGGACGAGGAGACACAGCCAAAGGAGGAGGGCAGGAAGCAAAGGAGGAAGAAGGCACGCACGGAGGGCCAGGAAGAGUCCUAUGACCCCUAUGACUUCAGCGACGCUGAGCAGGAGAUGCCGGAGGUCCAGGCACAUACACCCAAGACGCCCGAAGCCUCGGCUUCUGGCGAAGCGAAGAAGCCAGAGCUGGCUGAUCCGAGGUUGAAAGCAUUCAAGGCUGCGCUCCUGGAGGUCUUCAAAGCUUCCCAUGCCCAGUCCGUGGGCCUGAAGAGCGUGAUGGAGUCCAUCAACCGCGACAACCCCGAGCCCUUCUCGCUGCCUGAAGUGAAACUGGCGUUGGCCCACAUGCAAGACGACAACCAGAUCAUGGUGUCCGAUGACAUUAUCUUCUUAAUUUGAGCCUCUGGGUGGAAGAACCCGACUUCUCACGGACUUUUAGCCUGAAGACUCUUCGUAUUGACCUUCAUCUCUCUCCUGAAUGCUUCAUUUGGCUGAGCUGAACUUUGGGGAGCUUGAGCCUGUGCACUUUAGUUGUUCCUCGCUGUGCGUUGCUGGCACCAAAGAAGCCAGGAAAUCUGAAAGCUCUCUGACAUGCCACCUCUGAGCUGCUGGAGUAUUUGGAAAGAGGUUUGGUUUGGCAAGUAGCCAAAAGGAAGAACUUAUGUGCACAUUACUGAUGGUUUUAAAGUGUUUUUAGAUUUGGUCUUGGUUAUGCAAGCUGGGGAGCUCAGGCUGAUUUUACUCAAGGACAGUUUGGUUUGGUGCAGGGCUCCCAUGGGCUUUUGCCCAUGUAAAUCAUCCUUUUUUAUAUUUUUACUCUACCAUGGACUUCCCAGACCGGAAGGAGCCUUUUUACCUCCUUUUUUUUUUUUAUCAUUUAAUUAAAAAAAAGUUCCCACCCCCCCCCCUCAGUGUAACGUGCAAGCUCCCCAGUUGGUGGUAAUGGUUUCAGCCUUUGAAUAAAAAAAAAAAAUUGGGUUUAGGAAUCCAACAUACAAUAGCAGUGGUGGUAAGAAGCAGUAUGGAAACUCACUAUUAAUAGUGAAGCUUUUUUCCCCCGCUUUUUUCACCCCUUUAUUUCCCCAAUUACGUAGCUUAGAUCUGCUUCUCUCCCAAGCACAGACACCUCAUGCCUGUCCUGUUGGCAGCGAGUAGCCUUGUGGAAGACAAUUUCUGGCCAUGCAGGAGCAAGUACACCCUGAUCUGCUCCACUGCCUGGGGGUCAGCUCCAUUGCUGGAUUCUGCAGCCCUGCUGGGAUUUUUAGCCCGGAAUUGAUGGGAAGGACCUGGGAUGCUCUGAGCUGUCCAGCUGUGCCCCCACUGCAUAUGGAUUAGGUCUCCAGCCCUUCUCUAGUCUGGGGUGGCUCCUGUAUGAAUAUAAAAUAGGAGGAAACCUGUACCUAAGAAAGGUCAGGGUUUUAAAAAGCACUUCUGGGGCCUAGGAUCCUACAUCCCCUGUAUGUUGCCCAGGCUGUGUUGCUGCAACCCUUCCCGAGUCCCGUGGAAGAGAACCACAAGCUACUCAACCAUGAAAGCCUUCCCUCACCCUUGGGCAAUUUGUUUGUUUCAUUUUCUGGGAAUGUCUAGGUGACUAAUUCCUGGAGAUGGGAUAUUUCUAGAAACCAGCAUGCUUUCAUGGCCAGGGCUGGCUUUCAAGAAAAGCUGAACACGUGGUCAAACCUGUUUCUGUCGUCAGAGCUGUUGAAGGUUUGGGAUUUUAAUUUUUUUUUUUAACUUUGUCUUGGUGAAUUUGAUGUUAAGUUCUGGAGAAGGCCCUGAGCGCCAUAGGCUUCUCCUGGUGUCUUUGCCCUUCUCAGGGCAUCUGCGUGGUUAAUGUGCCUUCAUUUCUGUGUCAGUGACACCAUAAAUAUCACCUUGAAUAAUAAAAUGCAUCUAGAUACCA